UGUAGCGUACUUUUCGACUGUCUUUUUCCGAGAGAAGAACAUAGUUAUAGGUAGUUGUUGCCGCUCUUUUUUCUUCUGGGCGAGAAGGUUCUUAUAAACAAAGAUCCCACCUUCGAUAGUUAGCACCUUCCUUUGCCUUUUGGGUGCAACCGCAGGUGCCCUUGUCGGUGCACCACGUUUCGUCGACAUUGUUGGUUAUGUCUGGGAGAAAACUUGUAAACAGGAGGCACUUUAGAGUCACACUGCUAGCAAUUGAACACAAAUUUAAAUUUAGCAAGCCGAACACAUUCUGUGCUGUACAGGAGACAUGGCACGGAGGAGAUGUGUCAGGAUUCAGGUUGCAACUUGGACUCAGAUGCAGAGAGGACAGGGAGGUGAGUUUGUGAAUAACGGUUUAUUGCAGCUUGGAAGCGAACAAAUAAACUCCGAGGACUAAAGCCGGGAUUGGCAGGGUUCCAACGAGGACCAGUCUGGCAGGUUAGGAGUCCGUGUUGUCGGUGGGCCGCAAGAGGUGAGCACUGGUUUGCAGGGAGCAAGGACAGAUGGCAGACUGGGAACAAAGAACAAUAAUUAGGUAGAGGUAACUCACUAGGUCUUCAAAGCAAAAAGAUAGGCAAGGUGGCUAGGCUACGAACUCGACGUAGAGCGUUGAUAGUCUGGCGACGAGUUGGAGUCCCACAGCGUCUUAAGAGCAGUCAAGUGUAAUUAGGAUGACAAGGUGCAGCUGCUAGACUCCAACACGUCAACCCUGCAAAGCACUCAUGACACACACACACACACGCACACACACGGGCUGGACUCAGGGUGCUGAAACAGCAGACCUGACAGUACCCCCCCUCCCACGGGCGCCACCUGGCACACGAGCCAAGUAACCGGGGUGGGCACGAUGGAAGUCGCGGAUCAACAACUUGCACAGGAUCAACCGCGCAGGAACCCAACUCCGCUCCUCCGGCAGUCAACCAGGUACUGGAGGCCACGACCCCGGCGACACACAUCCAGGAGCCUGUCCACAGCCCAAGCGGGAUGACCACUGACCACCAGGGGAGAAGGAGGGGGUGGCACAGGGGGCGAUAGAGGAAUGAAAGAACCUGGUUUUAUCAGGGAAACAUGGAAGGUGGGGUGAAUGCGGAGAGAGGCAGGGAGCUUUAGGCGUACCACACAUGGAUUUACCACAGCCACAAUCUCAUAAGGGCCAAUGAAACGGGGGGACAGUUUUUUGGAUUCAACCUUGAGUGAUAGAUGCUUCGUACUGAGCCACACUUUCUGACCAACCGUGUAAGCGGGCACAAGGAUGCAGCGACAGUUGGCUUGUACCUGAGACAUGGCAGAGGACCGGAGAAGGGCAGCGCGGGCCUGCUUCCAGACCUUGGAGCACCGGCGUAUGUGGGCCUGCACUGAAGGGACUGCAAGUUCAUGCUCCCGCAAUGGGACCAGUGGAGGUUGGUAGCCUAAGGAGCAUUGAAAAGGGGACAUGGCCAAGGAGGUGCUGGGCAGCGAAUUAUGGGCAUACUCAACCCAGGCAAGGUGGGUGCUCCAUGAAGCGGGACGAGACUGGUAUAUGCAACAGAGUGCCGUCUCCAGCUGUUGAUUGGUGCGCUCACGUUGCCCGUUAGUCUGAGGAUGAUAGCCAGAGGAUAGACUAACACCUAUACCAAGCGCUGUUCAAAACGCUCUCCAAACCUGUGAGGUGAAUUGGGGCCCCCUGUCAGAGACUAUAUCAGAUGGGAUGCCAUGCAGGCGGAAAACGUGCUGGACCGACAGGUCGGCAGUCUCCUUGGCAGAUGGAAGCUUGGAAAGUGCCAGGAAGUGUGCUGCUUUGGAAAACCUGUCCACCACAGUGAGGAUGACUGUUUUCCCAUUUGACGUGGGUAGCCCAGAAACGAAGUCCAGGGCGAGGUGCGACCAAGGGCUUCUGGGAAUGGGAAGUGGACGCAGUAAACCAGAGCUUGGUUUAGAGGAUGUCUUAUUUUGAGCACAUACUGUGGAUGCAGAGACAAAGGACCGGGUGUCAUCUUCCAUGGUGGGCCACCAGAAGCGUUGACGGAGGAAGGCCAAUGUUCUGCGGAUUCCAGGGUGACAGGUAAGUCACGAUGAAUGGGCCCACUGUAGCACCUGGGGGCGGACCAAAUCAGGGACAAGCAGGGAGUUCCAGGGACCCCCACCAGGAUCAGCUUGUUCUUCCUGGGCCUCCUUUACCAGCAUUUCUAUUUCUAAUAUGAUUGAGCCCAGAAAGCAAUGUGGAGACAAGCUGGGAUCUGGAUCAUUCUUGACACUCUCCCAGGUGAACUGGCUGGACAGGGCAUCCACCUUGGUGUUCUAGGCCCCUGGGCGGUAGGACAAGGUAAAGGUGAACCGGUCAAAAAACAAUGCCCACCUGGCUUGACGGGAGCUCAGCGUCUUAGCAGAGCGGAUGUAUUCCAAAUUAUUGUGGUCGGUCCACACGAUGAAUGUGUGUUCGGCGCCUUCCAGGAAAUGCCGCCAUUCCUCCAACGCCAUCUUCACCGCCAAGAGCUCCCGGUCUCCGAUCCCAUAAUUUUUCUCCGCCUGAGACAACUUGCGAGAAAAGAAGGCGCAAGGGUGGACCUUACCAUCAGUCUCGGAUCGCUGAGACAGCACCGCACCAACCCCCACCUCUGAUGCAUCAACCCCCACUAUGAACUGCCUCUGUGGAUCCGGAUGAACGAGGAUAGGAGCUGAGGAAAAAAGUUUAUUUAGCUCACAGAAGGCCAUGUCGGCCUUCUCAGACCAUUGGAAGGACGUUAGGGUUGAUGUGAGCGCAGUGAGGCCUGCUGCCACCCGACUGUAGUUCCGAAUGAACCACCGGUAGAAGUUGGCGAAGCCAAGGAAUUGCUGCAGCUCCUUUCUUGUGGAUGGCGUUGGCCACUCAGUGACUGCAGCUACCUUGGCUGGGUCCAUUUGAAGCUACCCCUCAGCAAUGACGUAACCCAAAAAGGUGGUCUUUGGAACAUGGAACUCACACUUUUCUGCUUUAACAAAGAGCUUGUUCUCAAGGAGUCUCUGAAGUACUUGUCGAACAUGUCGUUCGUGAUCUGCGACGGACCGGGACAAAACCAGGAUGUCAUCCAGAGGUGCUGAUGAAUACUAAAAUAGAGACGUCUGAUCUAAGAUGGACCAUCUUCUCAGAGGCCAAACCUGAGUGGGAGGAAGUGAGCGGUUUAGACGAGGAGAACAACAGCGUGAGGAUCUACCAGAUCUGUCAGACUGAUGGCUCAUUCAGCCACUGGCUGCGCAGCGGCUUCAUCCAGCGACGAGGAGCCUCCCAAGUAUACGUGGAGCUGCGUUUCACCAUGAUGGAGUGCUCCUCCGGGAACAGCCACCACCGCAGCUGCAAAGAGACCUUUAACCUCUACUACUAUCAGGCUGACUCCAACGAGGCCACAGACACAUACCCGCCAUGGAUGGAGAACCCUUACACAAAGGUGGAUACAGUGGCAGCAGACUUUCUCCUCAGGAAGGGCGGUGAACGGAAAUUCAACGUGAAGACCAUAAGACUCGGCCCUUUAUCCAAGAGAGGCUUCUACUUGGCCUUUCAGGCUCAGGGCUCCUGCAUGGCCUUGCUCUCCGUCAGGGUUUUCUUCAAGAAGUGUCCCCCACUCGUCAGCGCUCUUUCCUCUUUCCUUGAGACCGUUCCCCGCACUCUGGUCCAGGAGGCACACGGUGAAUGUGUGGAGCAUGCCACGCAGCAGGGGCCGCGAGCUCGGGCUCCCAAGCUUUUCUGUGGCGAAGAUGGCCAGUGGGUGGGCCAGCCGACCACCUCCUGCGCCUGCCUUCCUGGAUAUGAGGCCGCCGAGGGCUACACAAGAUGUACAGCUUGUCCCAUGGGUCACUUCAAAUCCGGCACAGAGGGACAGUGCACAGUCUGUCCGGGAGCAAGCCACGCCUCCAUCAGAGGGCAGUCUGUAUGUGCAUGUCGCCCUGGAUACUUCCGAGCACAAUCCGACACCCCUGACACUCCAUGCACCAGACCUCCCUCAGCACCACGCAGCAUCGCCUCCCAGAUUAACGGCACUUCGCUACGAUUGGAGUGGAACGAACCUCUGGACAAUGGCGGCAGAGCAGACCUCAGCUACAGCAUCAGGUGCCUCAUGUGCAGGACGCCGAGGGGCUCAUGCGUGUCCUGCGGCGACAGCAUCAGCUACCGCCCUGCUCAGCACGGCCUGACGAGUCGCAAGGUGGAGGUGUGGGGCCUGCUGCCUCACACCACAUACACCUUUGCCAUCCAGGCUCUCAAUGGGGUGUCCCAAUUCAGCGGCAAGGACCCCACAAGCGAGGGUGUCAACAUCACCACCAGCUAUGAUGUGCCGUCACUGGUGUCUGUGAUUCGUAAGAGUGACUCCACAGAGAGCAGCCUAACUCUUCACUGGUCCGUCCCUGUGCAGCCGCACUACACCAUUCUGCAGUAUCAACUCCGCUACUGUGAGAAGGAGCGGCACAGUGAUGAUCCGUGCCACUACACGGAGAGUAACAGAAACCAGGCCGUGCUGACGGACCUCCGCAGGGCCACUCAGUAUGAAGUGCAGGUCCGAGCGCGCACCAUGGCUGGUUAUGGCAGCUUCAGUCCUGCAGCAGUCUUCCGCACCCUGCCUGAUGGAAUUGACUCUUCUUCCCAGUUCUUGGUGCCGGGCAUCCUUAUCGCCAUCGGGAUGCUGCUGCUCGUCACUUUCAUCUUUGUGGCUGCUUACUGCAUACGCAGACACAGCCGUAUAAAGGAUCCAGAACUGAGCGACAAAAACAGCCAGUACUUAGUAGGCCAAGGGGUCAAGGUUUAUAUCGACCCCUUCACCUACGAGGACCCGAAUGAGGCAGUGCGCGAAUUUGCCAAGGAAAUCGAUGUUUCCUUUGUGAAGAUAGAGGAGGUUAUCGGAGCCGGGGAGUUUGGGGAGGUGUGCCGAGGGCGGCUGAGGGUCCCCGGGAAAAAAGAAAACUACGUAGCGAUAAAGACUCUAAAAGGCGGCUUCACAGAGAAGCAGCGGCGCGACUUUCUGUCUGAGGCGUCCAUCAUGGGCCAGUUCCAGCACCCCAACAUAAUACACUUGGAGGGCAUCAUCACAGCCAGCUGUCCGGUCAUGAUCCUCACCGAGUUUAUGGAGAACGGUGCUUUGGAUUCUUUUCUACGGCUUAAUGACAGCCAGUUCACACCCAUCCAGCUAGUGGGGAUGCUGCGCGGCAUCGCCUCAGGCAUGAAAUACCUUGCAGAGAUGAGCUACGUCCACCGAGACCUGGCGGCACGCAACAUCCUGAUCAACAGCAACCUGGUGUGCAAGGUGUCUGACUUUGGCUUGUCACGCUUCCUGCAAGAGAAUUCCUCUGACCCAACCUACACCAGCUCCCUGGGAGGGAAGAUCCCAAUCCGCUGGACAGCGCCAGAGGCAAUUGCCUUCAGAAAGUUCACGUCAGCCUCAGAUGUGUGGAGCUAUGGUAUCGUCAUGUGGGAGGUCAUGUCCUUUGGAGAGAGGCCCUACUGGGACAUGAGCAACCAAGAUGUAAUCAAUGCCAUCGAGCAGGACUAUCGGCUGCCCCCUCCUCCUGACUGCCCCACCCACCUGCACCAGCUAAUGCUGGACUGCUGGCAGAAGGAUCGGUCCGCGCGGCCUCGCUUCGCCGAACUCGUCAGUUCCUUGGACAAACUUAUCCGGAACCCCGCGUCGCUGAAAAUAGUCGCCCAGGAGGGAGCGGGGCCAUCCUACCCCCUGCUCGGCCAGCGGUCGCCGAUGGCCCUCUCGUCCUGUGCCUCGGUGGGGGAAUGGUUGAGGGCCAUCAAGAUGGAGCGCUACGAGGACAGCUUCCUGCAAGCCGGGCUCACUACCGUGGAGCAGCUGGGCCAGAUCACAACACAAGACUUGCUGCACAUGGGGGUGACUUUGGCCGGCCAUCAGAGGAAGAUCCUCUCCAGCAUCCAGACCAUGAACUUCCAAAACAAGAGCACAGCACCUGUGACCUUCUAGCUUACCUGAAUACGGAUGUCAGAAAAUGAGUCCAGGGCACUCUGGAUCAUCUCACGUGACCUAUGUUGGACCAGAAGCGACACAUUGGCAGAAUUUAUUAUUAAUCACCUGGAAAGAAAGAAUCAGUGAAACUUCCCUGGAGACUCAAUCAUCACAGACGACGCUGACACGUGCAGAAGGACUCCUCGCUUAGUGGGCCGUGCUUAUAUGUCAAAGGACCCCCAUUUCAAGUGCCAAGCUAAGAGAGAAGCAUAAAGAAUGCCGUGAUGAAAAGCAUCUGCUUGUCAAAUGCAGCAAAGAGGUUAAAGGCCAAAGAAAAGGUCUCACACGGUUGUGUUAAUACACACAAGAACCACUCACACAUGUCUGCUUCCAUCUGGAUCACAGCUUUCAUAUCAAGAUUUGAACACUUGAACUGUGUGGGAUUUGUCCUUUUUUUUUUUUUUUUUUUUUUUUUUUUUUUUUUUUUAAAUUCAUUUGAUUUCAACGUGACCUCUCUUUACUCAGGUGUAGCGUGUAAAGCAGGCUUUGCUGUGCUCGCUUGUCAUCAUAGCUCCUUUCAUCUUCCUCGGUCUGGUUCUAGCGUUAGCAUGGAAGGAGAAAAAGAGAGAGACAUAUCAGCACUUGUCGCCUCAGAGGGAUUCUAAUAUCCGCUCACGCGUUUUUUUUUUUCCGGCAGUGGGACAUUUCUGCAGCAUGCUUUUUAUGGAAACUUGAACAUGGACCAAACAUGACCAGAAAGCUUUCUGGCCUCAAUUGUCAGUGCUGAUGUCACAUUCAUUAUCUUCCGGUGUCAUUGUGUUUGUUUGUUUUUUGUGAAGAAAAAGGGAAAAAAAAGAAUAUUUUGCCUCAUUUAAAUGUACAGCAACAAUUUUUAUAAUAUUAUUUUUUGGAAACAUUGUACAUUGUUUCAGUUUUUGCCUCAAGCUGUACAAAAAGUCUUCUUAAAGACUCAGAUUACAAAUAAUGCACCCAGUGUGCCGAAUACCCUGGUUUCAGAAAGGAAUGCUAAUAACUCCACAGAGCUGCUGUUUGACUAGCACCACCACCCCUCCUUGUCUUACUGACUACAAGCGCCUGGGAAAAAGUGAUUGUAAUUCCGUUUUUUGUUUUUUUACUCCCAAGAUGUUGCAUCUUUUUAAAGGGUAAGAACAGUCUUUGUGGCAUUUAUGGCAAUUAGUUUGCAUAACGUCCCCCAGGAGGCUGACACCACUGCAGUGCAUGGGGGGGAAUGCAUCCUGCCAAACACCCAUGUCGGAUACAAAAAUGCGCACCACUUCUUUCUAAAUGGUUCAUUCUCUGCCCCAUAAAACACAGAAUCCCUUUUUAGUUGGCAUUUUGGAUUUUAAUUUGCACCACUGAAUAUACUGUAAGUGAGGUAGUGCAGAAUGCAAAACCCUCACCCCUUCCUCGCUGUACCUGAUGGGGCAGAUUGUAGAUCACAGUAGCUUAAAUAUGGCUUUUCUAUCAUCUGGGAUCAUUUUCUGUGGCUGUAAGAAGAUUGAGGUGCAAUUAACCCUCGCUGAUUAACAAGAAGCCGCCGAACUGAGUUGCAGGAAGUGUGUGGCCAUUUUAUGGCUGCACUUUUAUAAUCAAUACAGAGUGGACUCAAAACUCCAAUCAGUGUAAAUCAAACUGGUGCUAGGUGUGCCAUCUUUUCUAAAGCUCAUCUAAACCAUGACAAGCCUUCAUACAAAGCAUUGGGGAUGUACACUGCAAGUAUGUCAGACGUUCCUUUUGAGGGAUCGUGGAAAUGUGGUCUUCAUAUUGAAGAUCUCAAUAUACUUUACUUUGAAAUAAUAGAUAAAAAGAUAUGUUUGAUUAUUGUUGUGUGUAGGCUAAUUUGUAUUCAGUAUUCAUAAAUAAAGAUGCUCAUAAAUAUU